AUGCCGCCAUUGACGCGCACUCCCCUCGCCUCCGUCGUCUGUCCAUCGGCGCCGUUCCUGGCACCUCGACUCUUGCGCCCGACCGUCGCCGUCGCCGUUGCCGCCCGCCAGUCCCAGCAACAACCCAUCUCGAGCACGCCAAGAUGCUACGCCAAUCCCGCAAACGGGAAGAAGAGCGGAAGAAGUUACUUCCUGGAGAUGCGCAAACGCGAGCAGCAGCAGGCACGACGGAGAGCGCGGGGCGACAAGGACUCGUCGGAUGUGUCGCCCGAGGUCAUUGAGCUGGCAUUGGCGCUGCAGCAGGCAUGCGAGAGGCGAAAUCUGCAACAGCUCAUGGACCUCUACCCUGCCGCUCUCGACGCUGGUAUCUUCGACCGCAGAGCCACCCAUAUCCUAUGUCAGGCCCUUCACGCAAGCGUGCGCCGCGACGCCGCCAGGAAGAGUGCCUCGCGGCUGCCCGAGCUUCUCCCUUUCGUCGGGCAGGUCGUCUCUGACCUUCGAAAAGGAGCGCUGCCGCCCCAUCCGUUCGCCUACGUCCAUCUGUUGGGCAUCUACAAGGAUGCCAAGCGCUUCACCGACGGCCACGCGCUAUGGCUGUGGCUCGCUGAGCAGGACGACGCCCAUGUUUCCCAGGCCGCCUAUGGUGCUGCCAUAGAGCUGCUGAGCUAUGGCAACUUGAUGUCGCUCCCCGAGCUGGAGCAGCUAUACGACGAGGGGCUCAAGCGUUUUCCUGGCACCUACGCCGAGUACCAUCUCUCGCCUGACGCCAUCGUUCCAGAUCGUGCGCAGCCUGUCCAUAUCGUUGGCCUGCCUACGACAUUACUGCAAGGCAUCGUCACUGCUCGCCUGCGGUCACACGAUUGGAAGAAGGCGUACCUGGGUCUGGACACAGUCCUUCGUCUCUACCCUGGCCAGACGCCACAUCGCAUCUUCGAGCUUUUCAUCACCGAAAGACCCCUCUCGGAGGCGUACACUGCCUAUCUGCUUGCCUGCCGUUCUGGAGUCCAAACCAGUGGCGGUCAAGUCACCAAUCUACUGAACAGGCUGCGGGUGGCCAUGACACAGUCUCGUUCGCUCAGAGGCCGUUUCAAGAUUCUGCGUGCCAUGGCCAAUGCUCUAUACGCCUAUCAGCAGUGCGGUGGAGGCCUUGCUAGCGUUCACGUCGGGCAAUUCAUCAAAGCUUUCGAAUUCAUGCUACCAGACAAGGCUCCCGGUCAGGAAUUCACAGAAGAAGAAGAAGCGGUUCUUCGAAACACCUUAGCAGUCACCGCCCAUGAGUGUUUGGCCAGCUUGAUCCAGUCUGGCCUGUCGCCUGAGGUCCAUCCGUUCGUGUCCCUGGUGUCUCUAGCUGGCAAGCUGCGAGCUCCAGACCUACUCAAAUCCGCACUACAGGAUGCGAAAACCGCAGGCAUCACAUUUGGCCCGGUUGAGCGAAGAACCUUGCUCACGGCUGCCGGUCUUAUAAAGGACCGCGACCUUGUCAAAGCGCUAUGGUCGCUCAUCGUCACUGGCGCCGAGUCCGAAGGUACCCAACUUAGCUACAACGACUGGAUCACGUUUGCCAAGGCUUGCAGACGCGCUGAGUCCACGCGACACUUUGAGCAGCAGUUACAGGAGCUAGCGCAUACUAUCACGGCUUCUAUCGAGAAGCGUGUCCGCUCUGAGGCGGACAACCUGGAGCCUGAAGCGGCCAAAUCGUCUGUUGUUCUCAUGGCUCCCGAGCAGCUGAACUCCGAGAUUCAAACCCUACAAGGGCAGCUGGAGAACACACGCGCCGUUCUCAUGUCCGGACAGCCUCUCAAUCUACAACACUCUCCGUUCUACAUGCACAUCGAUCCCGAGCAGCCUUCGCUGGGCACCGAGGAAGAUCUGCGCGCCGUUUACGACGAACUCACGACCGACCCGCAUCAGCCGGCAGCCCCGGCUUCAGGCGGCGGCGACGACGACUCACAAGCCAAGACUACCGCCUCAGCUCUCAGCAAAACCGGCAUUCCCCUCGAUGAACUUCGUUUCCGUAACUGGGUCAACGUCCAUGAGAUGAUGAGUGCAGCCAGCGCCUACGCAGCAUCUCGUCGAGACAUCAUCGACAAAGCCAUCGCGCAACGCAAAUCCCCCAAGGACAUUCCCGAACUAUUGUUUCUACCCGAGAUCAAACCAGCGCAAACCCGAGCGGACCUGCGCAACCGCGUCAAAGAGCUACGGGCACCAGACUCGAUCUUCCGCAGAGUCAGCGGCCAGAUCAAACCAGGCACCUACUUUUUUGCAAAGAAGUUCGAGCGUAAGGCGCAAGAACCCGAGGCGGAUACUACGAAGAUCCACAAGCACAUCACCAACCCUUUCACUGUCCGCAAAUCCGAGACACAGACUCCGGACGAGGUGUUUGAACCCAAGACCCUGGACCCGUCGACCAGUCGAUGGCACACAAGGAAGGUCACCAAGACUUACAGCGAUGCCAAGUAUGAUGCUGCAGAAGUCAAGUCCAGGUUUGAAGCGUACGCGGACUCAAACCCAAUGACGGAAGCCGCUGGAGAGCCCAAGGCGAAAUCGGAGACGCCGGUAGCUAAGACGGCUGACAAUGAUGCUGUCCCGUGGAUGCCGUCGUAGGCACCAUGCAAACAACUACCUCUUUGUACAUACCCCAAUUGGAGCACUUAGCAUGUACGAUACAUGGACCUUUGUAAUCAACCU